GUCGCGGCGACUCGAACAACGCGUGAAAAAUUGUCGAGAAAAAUCUUGUUUUCAUUUUGAUUUAUUUAUAUUUGUUGUUUGUUGCUACAUUAUCACUAUCUGUGUUUUGUUGUGCAUUGAGUUUUGGUGUAAACAGUUGAGAGUGUAAAUUAAAUGACAACUUGUUAAACACAACUAUUAAACGUGUCUCUCUCCACAUUUUCCAGCACUUUUCAUGCUGAGCGCGCGUUCAAUUAUCAAUUAAAAUCAAUUAAAACGAGGAAAAUGCCAGCGAGAAAAAAUCAGAGGCGUCACCACAACAACAAGAACAAGAACAACAACAACAACAACAACAGGCAGCAUAGGCAGCAACUACAACAAAAACAACAACAGGAAGAAGAUGAAGAAGAGAAAGCUGCAUAUCGCGUGGAACAGUCAGAGAUCUAUGGCAGGUAUUUGGUGGCAAAUCGAGAGCUAGACGCAGGAGAAUUGCUAAUCACGGAGCAACCAUUGGCCAUUGGUCCCUGUGUGGGCUGUGAGCCCGUCUGUUUGGGCUGCUAUAAUCCCGUUCAGCUCGAGGAUAAGCAGUACCGUUGUCCUGGCUGUGGUUUCCCACUGUGCGCUGCAAAGUGUCCAGGGAUCAAUCGGAAGAGCGGACACAGCGCCAGGGAGUGCGAGAUUUAUGGAAAGCACCGUUCAAAGGCGGCCGAUUUACUUCGGGUUGGGGUAUCACCCGACCAGGUGAGGGAUCUGUAUGAGCUGGUGCUGAUUGUGAGAAUCGUGCUGCUUCGGGAAUCGGAGCCGGAGAAGUACGAGCUCAUCCGACGCAUGGAAUCGCACACGGAACUGCGAAGGGAGAAUGUCACAUUGUGGCAACAUUACGAGCAGAAAGUUGUGCGCCGAUUGAAGGAGGAGUGGCAACUAACGGCAAUUGGGACGGAGGCGGAGGCGGAGGAGUUGCACGAAAUCUGUGGCAUAUUGGAUGUCAACUGUUUUGAGAUCGGACAGAGAGGCGCCAAGGCGCGUACGCUAUAUCCGAGCGCAUUUCUGCUCGCGCACGACUGCAGUCCGAAUACAUCGCAUACCGAUGAUCCCGAGUCCUUUGCCAUUAUCCUGCGCACCUCGCGUGUCGUGCGUGAGCAGGAGCCAUUAACGCUCAGCUAUGCGUACACGCUGCAGGGCACCUUGAAGCGUCGCACCUUCAUCCAGGGCGGCAAGCUGUUCUGGUGCCAAUGCCAGCGCUGUGCCGAUCCCCGAGAGCUCGGUAGCGACUGCAGUGCCCUCGUCUGCCAGUCCUGUCAACAGGGAACGAUCCGAGCCACAGCUCCACUCGAACAGACCGCCGAUUGGGCCUGUGAUCGCUGUGAUAAUCGCCUGAGUGCUGUGAAUCUGGAACGUCUCCUCGAUCGCAUUAACGACGAUCUUGAGUCCAUCGAUGUGCACAACAUUCCCGCACUGGAGAAUUUUCUCACACGGUACCGCGCAGUGCUGCGACCCAAUCAUUAUCUUUUGCUCUCGGCCAAGUACUCGUUGUGCCAGAUCUAUGGCCGCAUUGAGGGAUAUCUACUGCCCCAAAUGUCCCAGGAGGAUAUAGCACGUAAGGAGCGAUAUUGUCGUGAGUUCCUCAAAAUUAUCGAUCUACUUGAGCCGGGUCUAACUCGUCUAAGAGGACUCAUCAUGUAUGAGCUGCAUGCCCCGAUUAUGGUCCUAGCCCAGUUGGGCAUGCAGUCGGGACGGAUGACGAGACAGGAGUUUCAGCGAAGCAUCAAGGAGGUCGUCAAGUUGCUCCAGGACAGCUCGCACAUCCUUCAGAUGGAACCUCCCGGUUCCAGUGAACACGAAAUGGGAAUCGCCGCCGCCGAUGCACUCAGCAAAAUGCGUGGCUAGUUAUCAAUAGUUUUUUGCAAUGUUUACAGUAUAAACAUAGCUAAAAUUCAAAAAGCAAACUGUACUUAUGCUGUAAAAAAAUUAUAUAUUAUAUAUACUUUAAAAUAAUAUGGUUUU